GACGUAAACCGGUUCCUCGUCAAAAGGGGGACGCUCGUCAGGGCUCACAGACAUCAAUGGAACGUCGCCCGCCUGGCGAUGAUGGCUUCUCACGUCGACCGGGCUUAGGCAGGUCCAAGUCGCUCUUCAGUCCGACGACAAUACGACGAGGACGCGAACCGUUGGACGAUAUCACUUAUAUGAUCCUCAAUCGUGCCGGCUGGCCACAUCCUGCUCUGACACGCGCUUCAGAGAGUGCGCAAGAGGAUACUACGCCUGGUCGGGCUAGAGCAGAGAUAGCCCAAGCUGCUGUGAGAGCGCCAACGAUGAUGCGAGCCAGAACGAGCAUCCUGCCCUCUCGCGCGACACCGCCCUCGAACGCGGACUUCUCGCCCACCUUGAGCGUAAUACAUGCUCGAGAGAGCCCAGACUUCCGCAUAGAUGUCGGCACAUCGACAGGUUCCAGACCUUACGCGCGCUCUUCAGCGUCGCUUUCGCCUGUGUCUCCUACCGUCAUGCCGUUUCUCGAACUGCCGAGACAGCGAAGGGGACCGCGCAGAUCAUCCCCUGGUAUGCUCGAAAGUGCGACCGGUAUCAUUUGGUCAGAUGCGGGCGGCGUGUCGAGCAGCCCACCCAGUUCACCCGUCACGCUACUCAAUCAGAACGAAGGAGGAGCGUCACGCGCUAGCACACCUACGUCAGUACGCGCACCGCCCUUGAGACGUGCGGCGACAUUGGGCGGUACACCUCUGCCUGUUCGCAGCCCGUUGCUCGGUCUGGUGCCCCUGCGUAGCGAGCCAGAUAUUGGGAUGACAGUCGUGACGCAGUCGAGAGAACCACAACGAGCCGCGCUAGAGAUUACGGAACAUCGCAUGCAACGUAGACGGCAGAGACGAUUGAGCCCUUUGCCAGUCUUACGACCUAUCGAUACCAACCGAGCGCCCAUCGAAGACGUCACGGCUGUACAAGGCGAAGAAGAGGGUGAUCUUCAAGUGUUUGACGGAUGAGAUGAAGACGAGAAAAGCAUUGUAGACUUCACACUGUACUGCUAUGCACAAAACUCGCAUGUACAAGUACACAUGGCUUGCAUAGAG